UUUUAAUCUCCAGAGCUGACAGAAUCUUUGUGAAUUUCAAACUCAGGAUGCCUCAGAAGAGGAGCUCUAGGAGGUGGUCAUUCCCAUGGCUGCUGCUCAUUAUUGUUGUGGCCUUUGUACAUUUAACUGUCUGCCCCUUUACAAAAGUGGAAGAAAGCUUUAACCUGCAAGCGAUUCACGACGUUGUGUACCAUCGUCUAGACUUGGAUAAGUAUGAUCAUCAUGAAUUUCCUGGAGUUGUCCCAAGAACGUUCCUUGGACCGAUUUUUAUUGCUGCUCUUUCCAGCCCAGCUAUAUAUGUACUUUCAGUAUUACAAAUGUCCAAGUUCUACUCCCAGCUAAUAGUCCGAGGAACUUUGGGGCUCAGUGUGAUUUACGCAUUAUGGAAGCUACAAAAAGAAGUUAGAAAGCAGUUUGGAGCAACUGCAUCAACAGUCUUCUGUCUCAUAACUGUUACUCAGUUUCACUUGAUGUUCUACUGUACACGAACCCUUCCCAAUGUGUUUGCACUUCCUUUUGUGCUCCUGGCAUUGACAUUUUGGAUACAGCAAAAGCUAAGGCUGUUCAUUUGGUUCUCAGCUUUGGCAAUUAUAGUCUUCAGAUCAGAGCUCUGUAUAUUCCUAGGCCUCAUGCUUCUGGUGACAUUACUGAAUAAAAGAGUCUCAGUUUUAAAGGUGCUUUCCCAUGCUGUUCCCGCUGGAAUGUUUUGGCUGGGACUAACGGUUGCUGUGGACUCUAUAUUUUGGAGGCAACUUGUGUGGCCUGAAGGGAAAGUGCUCUGGUAUAACACAAUUUUAAACAAGAGUUCCAACUGGGGAACCUCCCCGUUCUUGUGGUAUUUCUAUUCAGCCUUGCCUCGUGCUUUGGGAUGUAGCAUUAUAUUUGUACCCUUAGGUGCUGCAGAAAAGAGGACUCGCAUAUUACUUUGGCCAGCACUGGGUUUUAUUUUCUUGUAUUCGUUUCUUCCGCACAAAGAGCUGCGGUUUAUCAUAUAUACUUUCCCAGUCUUCAAUAUAGUGGCUGCUAGAACUUGCUCACGAAUUCUAAACAACUCCCGGAAAUCCUGGCUAUACAAACUUGGGUCUCUCUUCGUUAUAAUACAUCUUAUAGUUAAUGCAGCUUAUUCAGGAACAUCUUUAUAUGUUUCGUAUUUCAAUUACCCUGGAGGAGUAGCAAUUCAGAAGUUACAUGAGUUGGUGCCCUCAACAACAGAGGUUUCUGUUCAUAUUGAUGUGGCUGCUGCACAAACAGGAGUUUCUCGGUUUCUAGAAAUCAAUUCAGACUGGAGGUAUGACAAAAGAGAAGAUGUUAAACCAGGAGACCAGAUGAUGUUUUCAUACACACACAUACUGAUGGAAACAAAUCCUCUUCAAAUAUUACAUUACAAAACAACCCACAAGCCACUGGCAAAUAUAUCUGGCAUCAGUAAAAUCGGGUUGAACCUUACUACACUACCUCCUUUUACUUUAAACUUAAAACCAAAAUUAAUACUGUUAGAAAAGCUUCCCUCAUUGUCCUGACUGUGAAUUUUAAGUAAGUCUUUUUGAUGUAAUUUUCCCAAUGAGUGAAUAAGACAACUGCAAAUUAUCAUUCUAGGGCCACAGUUCAGCUUCUGUGAAAAGGUAUGGAAAAUAAUGUUGGUAUUGAUUGGCAUUUACCUCUGUUUUUUACAUAUAUAUUGCAACACAUUCCUAG